UGGCGGCAUUCUCAGAAUAACAGAAGCGAGUUCACGCUGAUUAAAACAGCCUUACUUUGGUCGUACAUAUUUUGCCUAAUCCGAGAAAAAAAAAUGGAAUCCCAGAAGAAAGCUCCGACCAAGAGGGCCCCGAAGAAGCCCGCAGAGCACCCGAAGUACUCAGAUAUGAUCGUUGCUGCCAUCAACGCCUUGAAGGAGCGCAGCGGCUCUUCUCGUCAGGCCAUUGUCAAAUAUGUCAAAGCCAACUACAAGGUCGGCGACAACGCUGAUGUUCAAAUCAAGUUGGCCCUGAAGCGGAUGGCCAGCAGUGGGUCUCUUGUCCACUCCAAGGGGGUCGGGGCAUCGGGAAGCUUCAAGGUGAACAAGGCAGCAGCCAAGCCAGCCAAGAAGCCCAGGAAGAAGCCGGCAGCUAAGAACAAGAAACCAGCUGCCAAGAAGGCUGCGAAGAAGCCAGCCGCCAAGAAGCCAGCAGCCAAGAAGGCCAAGGGAGCAGCUAAGAAACCCGCAGCCAAGAAACCUGCAGCCAAGAAGUCUCCCAAGAAACCUGCGGCGCCCAAAAAGCCAGCGAAGAAACCUGCCAAGAAGCCAGCAGCCAAGAAACCUGCCAAGAAGCCAGCGAAGAAGGUUGCGAAGAAGUCAGCAGCCAAGAAAUCGGCCAAGAAAUAAACUGUCGGGACAUCUGAGCAGUCUAUGGACGCUUGUGUCACAUUGGACUUGGCUAGCUCCAUAACCUUUUGUCGAGGAUGCUUUCCAUGGGUUUGCUUUGGAUUUGAACUUGGGUGGAAUUUCAAUGUUGAACAUUGCCUGUCUUUUGUAUAUAUAUUUUAAACAAACUUUUCGAUGUACACUAUGUCACAUUUUAAGCUUAUAAAGAACAUUUGCAUUUUAGAUAAUACCUCAGGGUCCAAACUUUAAGGCUGUCCAAUUAUAGCGAACUUACCACUUCUAUAAGUCAUCCAUUGGAUUGGGCUUUUGCCCAGUUCUCUUCAGUUUGCCACACACUUGCACUUGUUCCCGAGCAAACGUGCUUUACGUUCGCCUGUUAUAGCUUUGAGGAUUCCCUGGUUUAAAUGUGAAGCUUUUUCGAAAUAAAAUAAUUUAUUUUAUACGAAGGUAAACACUCUGAUUUCCUCUUGCCUCUGUUCAAACUGUCGAAUAAAGUCUCGUCCUGAGAUGAUUUUUGGCAAUAUGAGUUGAUAAGUCAAAGACUUGAAUUCGAAA